AGAUUCCCAAAAGGUCAUGAAAAGUGUGCUGCCUGAUCUCAAGGACGCACACCCUGUUCCUCCCCUUGCAGCGCUAUGCAACGCGAGCUCUGCAGCUGUAUAUGUUGGGAUGACUUUUCUUUCCCCCCAGACGAGUUUAUCCGGUGGGCAAAAACUUCAGCGCCACCUUCGACGCAGACCAGGCCAGGGACAACAAUGGCGCGAUGAUUUCUUUUCUCCCUCUAAUUGAAACGGCCUCAUUCGGAGGCAGAAAUCGUCACCCUCCCUUGGCUCUGUUGGUUCCCGGGGCGCAGGCCUUUUGUUCCUUUGCACUUCAUUCAGGAAACAGCUUCUCUCCCUCCCUCCCUCCCUCCCUCCCUUCCUAGAGGUCGCCCUGCUCCCCUCCCUCGCUCUUCCCCGGGCAGCUCUUCUUCGCGCCACCGUUUUGGAGACUCCAAGAUUCCUCUCGCCUCCAAGUCUGAUGUUCCUCGUUCGCCUGCUUGCUUUUGCGUCUGCUGUCGGGGCGGCGGUGGAAACCGGCCGCUCUCUCGCUCUCUCCCGGGGGAAUUCCCUUCCGAGCAGCCGCCGCUGUCCCCGGACCCAGACCGGAUUCUUCUUCGGACGGUCCCGACCUUGCCAAGGGACAUGAUGUGGCCAGAAGCAGCGGAUCGGCAAGGCGACGGCGCUUGCCAGGGCGGCUGAAUGUCCCGAUCCCGCCACCAAAACACACAAACAGACACACGCCGCCUCCCUGGAGUCCGGAGCAGGGCAGUUAGUGACUGAUGGGAACCUGUAGGCGAGGAGCAGCAGCAGCAGCAUGGAGUGGGAAUUCAACUUGCUCCUCUACCUGGCGCUUUUCUUCCUCUUGCUCUUCCUGCUCUUCCUGCUGCUCUUCGGGGUCAUCAAGCAGCUGAAGAACUCCGUGGCCAGCACGGCGGGCGGCCAGCCCGGGAGACACUCCUUGCGCGAGCCCUGGGGCUUCUUCCGAGAGCAAGCCCUGUGAGGGAGACCCGCGCCGGGGGGAAAGGGCCGCUGCGCCGCUCCGGCUCUAGGGGGCGCUGCGGAGGACCGCUCGGGCCACGACGCCACCGCCUGGUAUCCCCCCCCCGCUCCA